GGAAUACGUCGUCCAUCCGUCACCGGGGGGGAAAAAGUCAACGAUUUGACCAUCUACUCGCUUCCUUCCAAGGAUGCGUGUAAAAUUCUUCCCCUUUCCCGGAAUCCCUGGUUAAUGAUUACUGCCCUCAUUCAAUUCCACGCAACGCCUACUGCCGAUCUCUCUCUCUCUCCUCUACACGGCCAUGGAGGUUUUGUCUCACUCCUCAAGCUUUCUUCUCCCCUCGAUUCCCGUCGAUGGAAAUCUGCCGCCGACGUACGCACUCGUUGUCCUCAACCAGCGUCUCCCGAAGUUCACUCCUCUUCUAUGGGAGCAUGCAACUCUGCGUCUCUGCGCUGAUGGAGGCGCCAAUCGUCUCUACGACGAUAUCCCUCUUUUCUUCCCUCAUGAAGACGCUCUCACCAUUCGAAACAGGUACAAGCCUGAUGUUAUCAAGGGAGACAUGGACUCUAUCCGGCCAGAUGUACUCGAUUUUUAUGUAAGCUUGGGAACUAAAGUUGUAGAUGAAUCUCAUGACCAGGAUACCACAGAUCUACAUAAAUGUAUCUCAUAUAUCCAUGAAUCUACUCCCGACCAUGAGAAAUCCAGGCUCCAUAUUCUUGCGACCGGGGCACUCGGUGGUAGGUUUGAUCACGAAGCUGGAAACAUCAAUGUAUUGUACCGGUUCUCGGCCAUGAAGAUAACCCUGCUAUCCGACGAUUGUCUCAUCCAACUCCUUCCAAAGACUCACGCGCACGAAAUACACGUUCUCUCCUCCGUCGAGGGCCCUCACUGCGGGCUUAUUCCCAUUGGAGCUCCUUCAGCUAAAACCACAACCACAGGACUGCAAUGGGAUCUCACCGAGACCGAGAUGAGAUUCGGGGGAUUGGUAAGCACAUCCAAUAUGGUUAAAGGGGAGAAAAUCACUGUCCAGUCCGACUCGGAUCUUCUCUGGACGAUUUCCAUCAAGCAGCAGUCGUGAAAUUUACUACGCACAAAAAGGAAGACAGAAGCCCCUCUGAUAUUAUACUUUGCUUUUGUUAAUCCAUUGUUACUUUAUUAAUGAAACGCCUUUUAAUACGUAAAGGAAAUGUUUGAUUCAUUGGUUUUGGGCAUUCUA